AUGAAGAAAAAGUAUUUAUAUGGCAGCAGACUGUUGGUAGCUGAUUGGGCUCUUGGGCCCGCGAGCCAGGUUCAGUUACCAAUUUCGUGUGCAGCCGUUCGGUUUGAAUGCGGCGUGAAUGGCGUGGAUUCAGUGAGCGAACUGCGAUCGAGGGGAAAAACAGUCAGAGGAAAGGCGAAUCCCAGCUCCGAAAUGUGUGCACAGUUGAGUGGAUCGACGGUGGUGCAGGUGGUUGUGCCGCUGGCGGUGCUAGUGAUGCUAUCGGCUCCACUGGCCAGUGAAAGUGCCAAGCUCCCGGCCCGAAAGUAUCCCGCUGGAGUGGAUUUCUUCGAGCACGAGUUCACCAGCGUCGCGGAAGAUGAAUACGAUCCUUAUGGACCGGACAUUGGCGACGACGAUUUGGGCAUCGACGAUCCGGAGACAAUGCCUCGACUUUUUCAAGGGGACAUCGCCAUCGACCCGUACACCUACAUAACUCUCCGUCUGGGAGUAAAUCCCAUGAGACACCCCAAACGACUUUGGCCCAAUGGAACGAUCCCAUUUGAGAUCAGCCCACGCUACGAGAAUCAGGAACGGGAGGCAAUCAUCCAAGCCGUGAAGACCUUCAACUCGCUAACCUGCGUGAAGUUUGUUCCCUACGACGGAGAGGUGGAUGACUACCUGCUGAUCGAACCGCCUGAGGAAGGACCCCAGGGGUGCUGGUCCUAUGUGGGAAGAAGGGGCGGGGAGCAGGUGGUGUCGCUCCAGAGACCUGAUGAAAACAGCGCCCACUGCUUCAGCAGCGAGGGGAGAAUAAUGCACGAACUGAUGCACGCCAUAGGGAUAUAUCACGAGCAGUCCCGAGCGGAUCGGGACAACUUCGUGAAGAUUCACUGGGACAACAUCGUGCCGCGGUUCAAGAAAAACUUCAAGCUGGUCUCGAAGAAGAAGGGGAAGUACGCCUUCGACUACGACUACAACUCGGUCAUGCACUACGGGGAGUUCUACUUCAGCAAACGGAAGGGGGAGAAGCCCACGAUGACCCCUCUGCAGCCCGGAGUAAGGAUCGGCCAGCGGAAGACCAUCAGCAAGAUCGACUGCCUCAAGAUCAACGAGCUCUACGGAUGCCUGCAGGGACGGAGGGCCAAAAUGUAUCGCAGUUUCUGUCACCUACUUGGUCUUUAAAAAAAGCCUGAUUGUACUACUAUGAAUCACAUUGAUUUGUUAUUUAAUAAAUUAAUUCGUAGACCUAUAAUAAAAACGAAGG